AUGGAUCGUCAACAUACGCUCCCCGUUCGUGAUCAGCGAUUGAAUCGGGAGAACUACAAGCUGUUCAAAAAACUGGGUGAAGGACAUUUUGGGAAGGUCUACCUUGCUCAAUGUUCCCAAACAAAGUCCCACGUUGCCAUGAAAGUGCAGGAAAAAGUCAGAAUCAGAAGCGAAAAAGAUGUGCAAUUCAUUCUUCACGAGCAGCAGAUCAUGAAAGAGCUGGAUAGCAUUCAUGUUGUGAAGCUGCUCGCCACCUUCCACACCGAGAAGCGCAUCUACUUCAUUAUGGAUUUUGUGAGUGAAGAUAACUUCAGUACCUUCACCAAAAAGGUCACGCUGAGACCGGAACAUGUAGAGUUCUACAUGGCUCAGCUUUUCCUGGGCAUUGAGUACAUCCACUCCAAAGACAUCUCCCACCGAGACUUGAAAAAAGCUAACAUGCUCCUCAGUCUCAAAGGACAUGUUAAAAUCUGUGAUUUCGGUCUCGCCAAACGGGGAAUGGGACCUGGAACAACCACUCGUACUGUUUGUGGAUCUUUGUCCCACAUGGCCCCAGAAAUCCAUGAAAGAAGAGGAUACACAAGAUCCGUUGAUUGGUGGGCGUUCGGUGUGAUUCUGAUCGAAUUGCUCACAAACAGCAACCCAUUCAUCACACAUGACACCGCGGCUUUUGUCCGUACGUACCCAUUCCCUGAGAUGCACUUCCCUGGAAUGCCAUCAGAUGCUUAUGAUCUAGCAUCCAACUUGUUGCGACACGACAGCAAGAGAAUGAAACCAGAAGAUAUCGCACGCCAUGAAUUCUUCUCAUGUAUCGACUGGGAUGGUCUUGAGAAAGGAGCCGUCGAGCCACCGUUUACGAAUAAGGAUGAUGUGUACUUGACAACUGAAGUCGAAAUUGUCGAGGAUGACUGCGAAUCCGUGGUCUUGAGAAAUGGUAGAUUGGAACCAUUCCAGAACUUCGAAUACAUUAGCGAGAGUCGUUGGAAAUGA